GUAAAUAUCUGUCACGUAAUUCAAACGGCCUUGCUUGAAAUGUUUUGAUAGUUUAAAGAUCAAAUAGACAAUAACAGAUAAUGUAAUUUUAGAUUUUUAGUAUAAGGUCGUAAUAUAGGGUGGUGUUUAUUUGUGAAUGUCAAGGAAGAUAAAAGUUGCGCAGUGCGUGCUCCUUGCAAAGAUUGAAGACUCCGAUUACGAAGGCGUGGAAAGAGAAAACUGAUACCUUUUGACGACUACGAAGAAUGUACAAUGAGAAAACUGAUAGCCUACCUUUUUACGAAGAAUGUGGAAAGAGAAAACUGAUACCUUUUUACGCUGGUGAUGACGGGACAGAGGAUGUGUAACCUGUAACGAGAAUGCUGAUAUCUUGUUGAUUCCUGGGACCGCUUCUGCUCUAGCUGAUACAGAAGUAUCUUUCCUGCAGUUUGAAAUUGCAAGAUGUGAAGCGAUGCGGCAAUGUCCCGCGGCGCUGCUCGGGCUCUGCCGAGUGCAGUCGUGAUGUCGGCUUCACCAGCGCCGAGCCCCAACAUGCAGGGCGCCGGGAACAGCGAAGCUGAGCUGAGCAACACAGAGCGAGUGCUGACCAGCCUGGCCGCUGGCGCUGUCGCGGGGGCUGCUGCCAAAACCACCAUCGCCCCUCUCGACCGGGCAAAGAUCAAUUUUCAGGUCUCCUCCAUGCCGUACUCGGCGAGGCAGGCCCUCGGGUUCCUGGUGAGGACGUACCGCGCCGAGGGGCUGCUCAGCCUGUGGCGGGGCAACUCCGCCACCAUGGCCCGCAUCGUGCCGUACGCGGGCAUCCAGUUCAUGUCCCACGAGCAGUGGAAGAGGGCGCUCGGGGUCGACGUGGGCAAGGACGCCAAAACCGACCCCCGGCUGAGGUUCCUCGCCGGCUCGCUGGCCGGCGUGACUUCGCAGUCCCUCACGUACCCCCUCGACCUCGUCCGAGCCCGCAUGGCUAUCACGCACAAAGAGCAGUACAGCACGUUGAAACAGGUGUUUGUGAAGACGUGGGUGGAAGAAGGGCCCAGAGGUUUUUACAGAGGCUACAUACCUACCGUGUUAGGCAUAAUCCCUUAUGCUGGCUUCAGUUUCUUCACGUACGAUACACUCAAGAAACUGCACAGAGAGCACAUGGGCAAGCCCUCCCCAAACCCGCUGGAGAGCAUGUUGUUUGGCGCGACGGCGGGCGUGGUGGGCCAGUCGUCGUCCUACCCUCUGGACAUAGUGAGGAGGCGCAUGCAGACCUCCUCCCUCACGGGCAACCUGUACACCACCACCGCCGGCACCGUCAGGAAGAUAUACGUGGAGGAAGGAAUCCUCAAAGGUCUGUUCAAAGGCCUGAGCAUGAAUUGGGUCAAAGGACCUGUUGCUGUGGGCAUCAGUUUCACGACCUACGACCACACUCGGGACUUCCUGCGGAAGAUAUUGCCGCGUCUGCACGGGAGCGUCACUCCCUGACACGACAUCAUACCAUCCAUCUCUUGCAAGAUGUUGCACCAACACUUUGGAAUAGCUUGCUGCGUGUUAAGGACGCUUUGAAAGCAUUGUUGAAAAAAAAUUUCCACACUAACCAAAGUACUUAAAUGCAGUUGCCCUCAAAGUAACAAGUGUAACAAUGCAAUAAUGUAGUCAGUUAUUGUUUCAUUUUGGCUCUCUUGCUGUGUGCUACAGGCCUAAUUUUCAUUUUGGCCAUUGAGGUUGUGUGGAACGUAAAUACUCUUACAUGGUGGAAUAUAACUGAAACAUAUGAAUUGAAAAUGUGUCGAUAAAUGUUCUGAUGCGCAAGUGCUAACUUUCUCACACACUUACACAUGUACACACUUGUUAGACUGAAGAUGUUUGGUUUGUUAAUGUAACUAAGUGAUGAAAUUGCGAAUGUAGUAAAUCAUUACAAUAUUAUCCUGAGCCACAUAUGCUGUUUGAGAAAGGUAAACAUGAGAGACCUAUUGAGUUUCGUGAUGAGCAGUAGUUAAGGCUGUUAGGCCCAAAUUUAUUUAUAGCAUAUUAUUUUGUUUUUAUGUUGGCCUUAUACAUACAAGAUUCUGUGCAAAACUGAUUUGCGCUAUAACUUAUAGUUUUCUCAUAACUGGCACUCAAAGUUAAAAAAGAUGGCAUUUCUUGUAGAGAUUAUUUCAGUAGCCGUUCAAUGUAAUUUAUGAAAUUUUGGUAAUUUGCGAGUUCAUUAUGCAUACUAUUGAGUGAUGUAUUUAAAAUUUUUUUUUAAAAAAUAAUUUAUUCGUGUACUUGAGCCAGAAAAUGAGAAAAUUUAAGUUGUUUCUAGAUCCAAAAAUAUUUGUUUAAAAUAUAUAAAAAUACCAUUACGAAAUACUAAUCUCAAUAUACUUUCAUCUAAAAUAACAAAAAAUGUGACUUUCACUAUAUGAAAGCUGUGAGUCUCUACGAAAGAAAUGUAACCCCUGGAAUUCCAAAAUAUAUUGAAUGCAACCCGCAACACUAGUGGUGCCGCGUUGUCUCGCUCGUCUUUUCCCUCUUCUCGGAAAGAGCACGCGGACUUGGCCCGGUGUUGCCAGGUACCUGUCCCAUCUCUGAGUAUCCUCUCUACCUGCUGCUAGACCGGCUGGCUUUCUUCCUUCCCCACGGCAGUGUUAAACGAGUUUACAGGUGUAGUGGUCAGUGGUUUAUAGCUUGCGGUUUAAUAUGUCAAAUGUAUUAGUGUAGUUAAAAUAAUUUUGGGGGAUAAUUGAUUUCAUAAAUAAUUAUUUCAUACGAAAGUUAUAAAUAGUAAUUAAAAGUUAAACAAUAAAAAAGUUAUUUAAUAGUGUACAUAGUACAGAUUUUUUAAAAAAAGUAUACCCCUGUUUUUGCUACAACCCCUUUUAGCAAUAUUUGAUUUUAUCAAAAAAUGUUUCAGCCAAAUUUUUGGAUAAUAAUUAUAAUUUUUGCAAACAAUUUUAUUGGUUUUCAUAGCGUAUCUACUAAUGAAGUUAUGAAUAUUUUUUCCUAUAACCCUAAUUCUUUUUCACACCUUGCAGUUAUGGUUGUAUUAGAAAUGUAUAUAGUAAAAAAAAUAUUUUUGGUAUUACUGCUACGUGUUAUCAUAUGUUAAAACAGAUGCGUUAUUUAUUAUAUUAUGGGAGUAACUGCGAUUUUUUUUUCAAAAAAUAUUCCCCAUUUCUAACCAGUUAGUCAAAUUUUGCCUGUAACUAACUCGACCGAGAUUUUCCAUUACUAUAUUUUAUAUAUGUUAGGAAGUAAUUUGUGCAAAAAUACGGUAGUUAUUGUUUGUAUAUGAGUAUAUAUAUAUGUGUAUAUAUACAUGUAUACACAUUUUUACUUGAUGAUGGUUAUGUUAUUUUUGGGAUCAUAAAACGAUUAAAAAAAUUUCCGAAAGCCGCUCCAGGAGAACGGCUGCAAUAAGUAGGUAGCUUUUUUUUAAAUGUAGGCUAUACCCAAAACUGGCAAUUAUUACAAAUGUGUAGGUGUGAUAAUGUAAAAUGUUAUAAAUAACGAUAUGGGUUCUUAAAAUGAUUCUUGUUUAAUCAGAAUUCCAAUGAAAAAUAAUAUCUCCUGAAAUUCGUAAUGUGUUGAGAGAUUUGGCAACAGCGCGCUCCAUGUAAGUCGUGUACUGCAAUCUAAGAGUGGGACGGAAUUAAGUAUGUGAGUAUACUGAAGCCUUUGCCAGUUUCAUUUACUGCAUCAGCGUUUUCCAUUUUCACACAAUAAUGUAUUUUUCUAGGUUAUUGAGUGAAAAAAUGUGUUAUUAGCUUAUAGGUGUUCGGGGUGUGUCCAGAUUACUGCGAAACAAUAACAUAUGUAACUUAAAUGUAGGCGUGUUUAAGGUGUAACGACCUAAAAUAAAUUCGCAACAUUUUUUUGUCUCCUAAUUCAUUAUAGACGUAGCCUAUGCUUUCCAUAGGAGUCACACACAAUGUUGGUUAUUUGUAAAUGUUGUGAAUCAGUUGCAUACUUGUCGGGCAUUAACAAUUUCCAACCGAAAUAACUUAGUAUAAUUUGAAUUUAAUUAAUGAAUUUCUACACAGCAUGCCAAAUUCAUAAAAAUCCUUAAUUUUCUAUUCAUGUUUGCUCAAUUUACAGCAGCUAAAUUUAGAAAUAUUUUAUCGUAGGACUUACUAUUAUAUAAAAAAUUACAGUUAGUGUGUCUUUUUUAAUUAUAUAAUCGAAUAAUAGGCUAUUGUGUGAAUUGUUCCUGUGUUUAUGAAAUUGUAUCUAAAAGGAUGAAUGUACAUAAAUAUGUGUACAUGUGUAUACAUGUUAAGGCGCACUUAAUUACAUUUGCCAAUUUAGCAUUAUCAACAAUUCUAUGAUAAUAAUGUGUUUUAAUAAUUAGAUACAUUAUAUUAAAAAAUGUGUUUUUAAUAUUACAUAAAAAGGUAUUUUUGCCUCAGCAUAUUUAUAUCAUUUGUUUGUUUCCAUGAGUUUUUUCAUUGUAACCAUGAUUUUUUUUAAAUUUAACUGGAAAAUAGGCAAAAACCUCGAAUGGGAUAUGCCUCUAAGACACUGCAUUGUUUAUUAAUUCACUUUUUUAUUACUUUUAGCAUGCCAUAUGAAUUCAGAAGCGAAAGGUAACCUGCGCUAAAUUUUAAUACAAUGAAAUAAUGCAAUAAAACUAUUUUUAUUUGUUAUAUUUUAUUACUAGUUAUGGAUUGCAGAGAAUAAUUAAAUCAAUUUUGAAGAUGUAUAAUUAUUUAAUUUAGGUACCAAUCGUUUCUCAAGGUGCUAAUGCAUUUUUGCCAUAUAUAUUUAUAAUCUAAACGCUUCAUACAAUUUGAAAGUAUUCAUAUAAUUUCAGAUGAACAUUACAUUCUGCAUUGUUGAAGCGUCAAACAACUACAGCUUGAUAUUGAUUGUUAAUGCAUGGUAACCUCUUUUAUAAAAAUCGUUGUACAUGGUCGUCAGACUGCUAAAUAAUUUGCAAAACUUAUUUAUUAUAGUAUUGUAUUAAAAAACUAUUUAACUUUAUCUGCUUCCUAAUGUAUAAAAGAUAUAUUCGUGAAGAUCUAAACUUGUAUUCUCAAUGCUGCAGACAUACUGAAUAAAUCAAUUUUAUCUGUACAAUAUUAGUAUGAUUUUUUUUUUUAGAUACAAUGAUACGGGAAAAUUGCAAAAGGUUAAUGUUAAUACAAAACUUAUUUCACGAAGCGAUUAAAAGACUUGUUUAAAAACACAUUUAAAACUAUAUAUAUAUUUCCGUGCCAUGUUUUACCCUAGAGUCAGUUACGAAUACCUGGCAUUUUUAAUUUCUGACUUCGUUUAUUCAUAAAGAAAAUGGCAGUUAUUUACGUAACCAUUAAAUAACCAUACAUAUGUAGUAGUAAACAUUAUCUGGGGGAUACAUUUACAUUACAUUUUUAGACAAUAACCGUAGCUUAGGCUGGUAUUUAUAGUCGUCCCUUGAGCAAUGUCUUGAGACCAUCUUGGCAAAGACAGUCUUGUUUCUCAAGAUGGUGAUUUCCACCUCCGUGUUUCAUAGUCCCUGAAUAAGAUGAGCUUCAUGAAGACUGCAUGCUCAAGCAAACGCUUGUUUCACAUACUUCCUGCUUGACGAAGAAAUAUCUUAAGACAGCCGAAAACACACGAGCAUACACGAAUCUUGCCAACUGGACUCGUUUGUCAAAAAUUCUGCUACUUAUCUCACAGAGAACUGAAAUCUUAGAAUCCGAUGUUUUGAGAUAAGAUACCGCAUAUAUUAGAUUGAUAAAAUAUCAGAUUUAAAUACACAGUAAAAUGAAAUAUUAAAAUUAAGGUAGAAAAAUUUUAUGCUUAGAAAGUUAACAUUAAGUUUGAACGAAUCUGAUAUUGUAAGCUACGUGUACAUAGUAAAAAAUCUAGAAUCUUUUAAAACCCUUUUUAUUAUUUGAAUCUUUAGCAGUAAUUGUCCUUAACAUUAAAAUUGCUUUCAAACAAAUAUUUAGGACAGUGUUCAGUGUUUUUGCAAUAAAAUGUAAUGUAUUUGACUAUAAUGAGUUAAUUUUGUGUUUUUAACACUUAUUUCCACCUCUUGCAGUGAAGACUGGACGUAUAAAAUAAAUUAUUUUCAACAAAAGUUUAAUUUCUUAAACUCUUAUUUCCACCUCUUGCAGUGAAGAUUGGGCAUAUAUUUUCUGUUCCAGCCCCACUUGGUUAUUCUUGCAGUAAUGUUUCGUCUUAACAGAAAUUAUUUCAGAAGAACUUUUUAUAUAUUGUUUGAAGAUUUACAAUAACUUGACAGAAAUUUAAUAGUAAAUACGUUAUGAAUUCUUUUGUCUUUUAAUAGCUGUUUUCCACCUCUUGCAGUUAAUAUUAGAAAUAUAGAUUAUGAAAAUUUAUUUGGUAUUACUCUUACGAAAUCUAACAUCACACAAAUGCAAUACUGGUUUUAUUAAGGGAGUUAUAGAAAAAUCUGAAUUUUCAAAAACCUUUCCUCCAAUGUAUCACCUCUGUAACAGCUAAAAUAGACAGUUUUCCCCCCUUAUUUAAAAUAGGUAAUUUAUUAUCUCCCACUCAACCCUCGACAAUGGUUUUCAUGCAAAUGCACAUGCCAUUAUAAACUUAAAUCUAAAGUGGAAGAAAACCAUCUCAUUUUUUUAUUUAGGCAAACAGGCAUGUAGUUAGUCCGUAUGGAGUGUUCGUUUAUUUAUCAGUAAUAUAUAACAUUCAUUUCCUUACAUAUUAUAAUUAAUUUUUCUAGUUCAAGUUACUUGGCAUUGUAUAAUUUAUUCUUGUUAUAAGUACAACAUUUGUCACAAAGCUAAACAUACCAUUUUACUGAGCUAUUAUUUAAAUAUAUUAUAAUAAUUGGAUACAAAAAAGAAUUUUUUUAUCUGUUUCUUAAAACUGUGUAUUAUUCACUAAUAUUUAUUUUAAUUUGUUUUAUAGUGUCGAGAUUUGAACCAUCUCAACCAGCUCAGCAAAUAACUGCUCUAUCAAUCGAGCUACCGAUGCUGUCAUAAAUUUUUGAUAGAGAUAAUAAUAAUAUCAGUAUGUGCCAUUAUAUUUUCUUAUUGUUUUUAAUUGAUUUUAGUCGUCAUGAAUAUAGAUUACUUAUUUCUGACAGUGAUUUAUACAUCAACAUCAUUAAAUGCAUCGUCUUCCACAUUCAUAGUAGGUACUCGUUCUGCUAUCAGUAUGUAAAUAAACAGGUCUGUUUAGAACUAGAAUAUGUAAUCAACAUUCACAAACAAACCCUAGAAUUAUUUAAAACACAUAUCAAAUUAAUACGGCACUUCAUACAGUAUUUAUAUAAGUUUAAAAAUACGAGGUUUACAAGAAGCAGCCAUUUUCUUCACUGCACUCUGAACAAGCAAUUGCUUGAGAUAUGUCUGCAGUGGUCUUGGCCAAGACGGUCUUAUUUGUGUUCAUAAGCAAUGUCUCAGUGACUAUGAAACAUGCUCCUGCGAUGGUGUUCUCAAGCAACAACUAUGAGACAGGAAAAUGCUCUCUCAGAAACAAGAAAUAUGGGACAACCAUAAGAUUGUCUUCAUCAAGACUGUCUUGUUUUUGAUCACUUGAGACAAUCUCAAGAAACAUCUAUAGCACAUAAACAUUUAAAAACGAAUGCAUACAAGAAUUUCUUGACGAAGGAAUUGCUCAAGAUAUAAAUAUGAAUACCACCCUUACACUCAGUACGUAAGUGGUGGUGAACCACAUUAAAAAAUUAAUAAAAGGAUUGGAUAUCACACAUAAAGAUCAAGUCAUUAUAGAUUAUUUAUGGCGUAUGUGAAAGCACACUAUAACCUCUAGGGCUUUUGAUAAAAUUACAGCGUAUUUUAAUAAGCCUCUGAGGCUACCUUGUUUAAGAAAUUUAUUUUUUUGAAAUUCAAACGACAGUUUCUAAACAAAUGGAAGAUGUUGUCUUUUUCAGGAUAUUAUUUUACCCUCUUUGCGCUCUAAAUAACCUAUCAGCUAUUAAACCUACCUUUUACCCUAAAAUUAUAUUAUUCAGUAUUCAGAUAUUCCUAGUAGUCAAAUAUAAGAACAAACAUUCCUCUUUCGAGGCACCUCAAAGAAUAAGCAUGACUUGUUCUUACAAAAACUACUCAUUACAAACUGCAAAUGUAGUGAGACGUCAUAAGUUUUGGUUUUGCUAUUUUUCUUGGUUGUUUUAACAAUGGAUUUGGCCCGCAGCAUUAGUAACAUAAAUGUGUAGAUCGGACAAAACUUUAACUGUCAAAAUAUUUGAAAAUAGUUUGUUUACUAAAAAGUAGGAAAAUAGUAGGCCUACACAUGUAGAAUAUCCAUAAGUUAGUUUGGGUUCAAUAAUGCAAUGUAGCCUAACAGGAGUAAUUUUGUGACCUCAAAAUAUUUGUGCAGUUUCUCAUUCUGUGUAUUUUGAGGUGCUUACUUAUAAAUAAAUUUUAAAAUUGUGUGUUAAGGCUUAGCUGAACAUAUUUGAAAUCCCUGCUUACUAUCUGAUCUUGUUUUAAAUCAUUCUGCUCAACGGCGAAACUUACGUACUGAGACAUGUCCAUACACUAUUGCGGAGAAAUGUUAAAAUAUUGCAAACUUUAAAAUGUUUCUGACAUAUUAAUUAUUAUUACUCUUGUUCACAUAGAGCAAAUAUACAGAUUACAGGAGCAAGCAAUUUAAAUAUUAUACUUUAUAUAAGACGAUAUGACGUUAUUGCACUAAACUAUACUACUCCGCUCUCAUUGCCAACUUGACCGGAUGUUUACUAAAUAAGUUUACGUUAUAUGCAUUUAUGGGCAGGAGUUAUUUAAAGGGUGAAUUUCAAAAAUGUUAAUUAAUGGUCUGCCAUCACAAAAACAUUACUUGCCUAUAACUGUGUAGCUUAAAAUUUAUUUUAAACCAAUAUUUUUAGCAUGUGCAUAUGAUUUAUCGGUAGGCCUGUAAGUAUAUUAAUCAAAUUAUGUAACCACUUUCUGCUGUAUAAUUAUUUACAGAAACCUCUAAAAUAUAUUUAUUUAAAAAAUACUGCUGUGGGUCUUGAUUGUAACUCAAACCACUUUCAAGAGCCAUGUCACCAAAAAUAAAUUAAAAACUUAUUUGAUUGAAAUACUAACUAAAUGCGUGGCUAAAGUAUUUUGUUAGAUAACAUUCAUUCAUUAUCUUUAAAAAUGAGAUUUGAAUCGUUGGCCAAUAAAAUAUCUUACCGAAGGCCAUUUAUUAAAUUAACGAAUCUUGACGAUUUGCUCCUAAUUUGCGUUCUUUAAUUAUUCACUUUAGCAAAUUAUUGCGUUUAACUAUACUAAAGAGUAAAACCAUUUUCUUAUUGCUUAGGUACAUGUUUAUCACUCUUCCACAAGCUGUUGCGCUUCACACUGAAAGCCACUGUCUGGCUUGUCUAGCAGCAAAAGGAAACGCAGGUAGCUGAAGUCUUCGAACAGAAGGCAGGGAUGAUUGACCGCACUUCCAAGAAUGCCCCUCCUGCUAGGUUUACGUUUGGCAACAUGGCAUCCCGCCCCUUUCAUGCUACGGGACUCCGGAGAUUAUCUUCCAUGGGAAUGCCCGAGCCUAAUAGAAAGAGAGGUCCCACGCAGGACAGAGACGGAGAUAAGACCAACCUUUUCUACCUGAACAAUACCACUAGCGCAGACACUCGGAAUUCUCCAACAGUGGAGCGGGUCGGGUGCCGUUAAGCCUGCAGGAAUCUACACUACCCCUUGAUCUUCUGAAAGUGAUUUUUUUGCACCAGUGUGUAAAUAACAUUUAAAUAAGUUCAAAUAUCAGUUGAGGGGUUACCAAGAACAGAGAUCACUUCACAUUAGAGAUGCUUGGAAUGGAAAUAAAACAUCUUUCAUCUAAUUUUACAGCAAUGCUAAGGAUAUCAUACCUCUGACAUACCUUCAGAACCAGUAGCUAUAAAAAUACAUACCGAUUAAAUUGAAGAAGGCAGUAUAAAUAAUGGCACAGUGUGAUUGUCUCACUUGAGA